CCAACCUGAACUAUUCUGUCACCAAACUUUCUUUUUUUAAUAUUAUAUUCACUCUUCCAAUGUACUUUGUGUAUGUCGUACUGGAAGAAAAAACGUAAACUAAACAAUUAGAUGGAACUUGUUUUACGGUAUUCACAUAUUUUCAAGUGUGCUGUUAAUAUCGGCCCCAAAAACCAGCAGUAGUGUGAUAAGAGAAGUGUAAUCGAGAUCAGUGCUUGAUAAUGACAGUUGAUUAUGCGCAUAUUUAAUUUUCUCGUUGCAGUUUUAUUAACUUUACAAAUAAACGGUUUGCGAUGUUUGGAGUUGACGUUCGGAGAAUGUCCUUUGGUGUUCUUGGAACAGUGCAAACCGAAAUGGAUAAACUUCAUCCUUUCGAUGCGACGAGGAAGCCAAACUUAUUUGUACAAAAUCGAUCCAUACAAUCCGGUUUUUCCGUACGAUUUCGAUCAUUUGAAACCGCUGAAAAUCGUGGUACACGGCUAUGGAGGACUGAAAAUCGAUUCGGCUACGAGGAAUGUCACUGCCGCUUACCAAGAAAUCGGAGUUAAUGUAAUUAUUGUGGACUGGGCGAGCUUGGCAUCGGUGCCGUGUUACGCGACCGCUUAUUUAAACACGUGGCACGUGGGCCAAUGUUUGGCGGUGUUGGCGGUCAGUCUGAUGCCCCUCGGAAUCCAUCCGGGGUUGGUGCACUUGGUGGGGUUCAGUCUUGGGGCGCAUAUUGUCGGAUUCGCCGGCGCCCACGUCCAGAGGACAACAGGUCUUUCGUUUUACAGGAUCACCGGUUUGGAUCCAGCUCUUCCUUUUUUUGCAACAUUAAAAAACGAUUGGAAACUGGACAAAACUGAUGCAAAGUUCGUCGAUGUCAUUCAUACCAGUGCUGGUUUUUUUGGAAAAAUCGAACCUUCUGGUGAUGUCGACUUUUAUGUCAACGGUGGAGUAAUUCAACCCUUUUGCAACAAUUUUAACUAUCCUCCAUUAUGCAGUCACCUCCUGGCUGGACUGUAUUUUGCUGAAAGUAUCAGGAAUAAAACGAGAUUUUUAGGUAGAGAAUGUGAAAAUGUUCUAUAUUUUCCUCCAUCUAUUUGUGAUGGUAAUAAAAUUGUUACAAUGGGUGAAUAUGUCGAUCAUGGAAUCAAAGGAAUUUUCUAUACUAGAACUUCAGAUAAAAUGCCUUUUGGUAUAGAUUAAUCUAAGUCACAUGGAAUAAAC